UCUUUGCACGGAAUGCUUCCUUUUCUUUUUCGAUGGGAUUGCACUGUUUUCUCGCUUUCAACAGCUGCAUACUAAAAUUGACCAAUUUAAAUUGGCGCUUAGUCGAAAGUGUGAAAACCGCACCGCAGCAUUGGAAAGACAAUAACCUGUAUAUCCCUCGCUCUUGUAAUGUAUUCUGUUCCCCCGGAUAUCACUUCAUUUAAAAGUCCUAAUAUUUGAGAAAAGUAGAGCCAGGAGCACCUUCCCCAAGUGCAAAACAAUACAAUUUGAUCGGUAAGCCAUACGAAAGUAUAAUCAACAUCAAAAGCAAUUUUCUCUGAGGUAAAUUUAUUCCACCAGGUAUAUUGAUUACUUAACAAAUAACGCCAGAAAAGCUUUCCUUCGUCGUUAGCGAAUCUUCUCUUUGCGGGUGAUGGAUUGCCCUGGCCGCAGUAGGAUCCCAGUAAUUGAAAAACAACACCAUCAACUCGUACCGCGCAUUUGAGCAUUGUUCAUAAAAAAUGACCGAAUUAUAAGAGUGUUAGGAAAAGGACCUGUUCAGAUUGUAGUAAACACCAAAUGUAUAUCAUGUUUGUGUACAGUCGGGCUUCAGGAAAAUAGAUUGCGCGUGAUAUGAGAGCAGUGAGCGAGCAGCCGAAUACUCGAGUGCAAGUACAACAAUGAUAUUCACCGACAGCAAUUGAUUAUUUGGAACUGGUGGAGCUAUCAUCAAUCGUACUCAUGAAAAAAUAAAUGAUUUUUAUUAACCACAAGGGUAAGCAAUAUCCGAGAUAAGAAAGAAACUCUCUUUAUUAAACAGCUUGUCAGGAGAAGCUUCAUCACAGCAAAACAGCAGCGACAGGAAGGUGAAACUCGACCCUGGAGUCAAGGACCCCAAAAUGGCUGACGAAAGAUUUUCGCCAAGGGUUGUCAUUCCACUGAGUAUCCUGUCGGUGAGCACCAUAGUAACAAACACGAUGGUCUGUUUGUUGGUGUACAAGGUGAAAUCGAUGAGAAACUACACAAACGGAUUUGUAGUUUCAUUGGCGAUCUCUGACAUCUUGACAGGCGUCUCCAUGUUUAUCCAAUAUAACGCUGAACUUCAUGUGUGGUCAAAAGCUACCCUCAAUGUCCUGUACGCCGUGGUGCUCUUCGUAGGAGCAGCAAACCUUUGUGCAGUGACUUAUGACAGAUAUUUGGCGAUUUUGUAUCCAUUUUCGUACACGGAGACAAUAUCUAAAGUUUUCAAAAUCCUGGUUCCGGCAAUUUGGGUUUUUUCAGUAGUCGUCGCUUGUAUACCUCUCACUUGGAAAGGAAAUACCCAACUUCUCAACACCAAGAUUUACAUCUGCCUCGUGCUUGUUAUUUGCAUAGCUCUUCCUUAUAUUUUAAUAGUCUAUGCAAAUUACAAGAUAUUUCGGUUGGUCAGGCAAUGUGUGCGGCGAGAGAGAGAGCUCAGUAUCUCUUCGCAUAACACCAAAGCGGAACUGAAAAACGGCGUGAGGAAAGUAUCCUCUGAGGCGAAGGUGGCAAGAGUCUUCGCCAUCGCAUCGUUAAUGUUUGUGUUAAGCUACUUUCCAACUUUGUUUUACACUGCAGCGGCUGCUUUUGGUCAUGGUGAAGUUGUUCCAGGCCUUUUAAUAGAUUUCUCACCUUUCUGUGUGGUGUUUGGAUCUCUUGUCAAUCCAAUCUUGUACUCGUUCAUGAAGCCAGAUUUUCGAAGGGCCCUUAAGAAAAUUCUAACUGGACAGCGAGCACACCUGAACGCAAGAAGAUCUCAAAGGUCUUCGACGCCGAGUAUUGGUGACACAAACACCACGCCUUUUGUGCCAAAGAAAAUCAAGAAAAAGUCUCGAAUGGACGAAGUAUUAGAUGAUGGUGACGAGCCCUGUGCGAGUCUGACUGCGAGGAUUUUGCAACUGGAUUACAGCAAUCAGUCAAAACAAGGCGAAGAAACGCAACUUAACGUAUCACCAGUUUGACCAAAGAGGAAUCGAUCAUCCGGCUUUAUAUCUUUCCAAAAAAUGCUGGUGAAGAUAGUAAAUUGACAUUUAGCUUUACAUUAAUCUGCAUGAAAAAUACAACGAUCUGUCUUCAGAAAACAAAGACAACUUUAAAUGAAACCCUUCGCGAGUCAUAUAUAAUACUACGUCUACGAAACAGUAAUUUUAAGGAAACUAAGUCUUAAAAUUACAACAUUACCAAGAGAGGAAGAAAGGUCGCAUGGUAAACCCUCUCAAGUUAUUUUUAAUGUUGUAUCGAUUUUCCGUACGUAUAAUGUUACUGAGCGUUCUGUAGAUAUUUUUGAAGAGGCGCACUGUUUACGUGAGUAAACUUUGCGUCACGGGAUUGGCUAUUUCUAAACCCUCCUAGGAUUUCUGAAGCUGGGAGUGAUCUAAAAAUAAUUAGAGAGGGAUUACCUUGGUAUUAAGGUAUAAAUGAGGGAUUAACUCUCUUACCCUUCAUCCUCUCUUGGUCCUAUUAAUGCAAGUGGCUGUUAAGGACGUUCGCGCUAAUUGUUUCUGCGCAUCCUUACUGCGCGCGCAAAUUCAUACGCCACGUUAUGCAUCGAGCGCGCGCGCUAAGUACUAAAACGAACAAUGAUAGGGUUGAUGGCCAUUGCUAUAGCUUUGCUUGGAUUUAACGAUCUUGGACGUUCGGUGAUCCCCACUUUUGUUUCUAGAAAUAGAUUCCAUUUACAAUUAUCUCCACAUUAUCCAAAAAUGAACAAAAAAAAUCAAUGUGGGAAGUAAAAAAAAAGAAAAAAAAAAAAAAUUAAACAUUUCUGUCCAAGGGAAAUCGAAUCCUGCCAUUUUGUGGCUGUAAGGCGCGUGAAACUAUGGUCGCUAAAUGCUUUAAGGAACCUCGCCAGUUGACUAAAUUCACUUAAU